CAACAAACCUUCAGUACCCGUGUAUUGCUAGAAAGGAAAGCUGGAUUACAAAAUGAAAUUGUUCUUGCUUGCUGCCUGCAUCCUUGGGAUGGCAGUCUGCGCCCCUGUAAGGAAAACGCCUUCUGUUCCUAAACAGCAGAUGUACAUGGAGUUUGACAUCGUUCACGCUCCGGCUCAGGCAGAUCAUCUUAUUCCUGCUGGAGCUCCAUUUGGGACACUGGAAGUUCUGCUCCCGGUUGAUGCCAAAGGAAAGCCUCUUGCAGGACUUGGCCGUGGCUUCAUAAAGCAAGAGAUCUCCUGGCCGAACGCUAAAGGCACUAAAGAUGUGUACUACCCCUUCGGUUUUGACCCACCAAAACCUGCUCCUGUUGCUCCUGCUGCGCCCGUUGUACCUGCGGCCCCUGUGGCUGCUGCUGCCCCUGUUGCUCCUGCAGCUCCUGUAGCUGCCCCUGUUCAACCCAUCGUUGCUGCUCGUGUCCCAGCUGCCAAAGCCAGCAGCGAUGAUGAUGACGACGACGAUGACUAAACCAGCACAGUCAGCAGGAGGGGAGUAGGUGACCAAUGAAACAAUACCACCACAGUGAAGAGGACCAGACACUGUUGUUUUCAAAAUAUGAAACGUGAAAUGUUUUUGAGAAGAGAAUAGUGUUCUUCAUUUUUAGAUAAAAAUAAGGUCUCCCUGCAGAUGGUGCAAUGUUUUUCAUGAAUUCAAAGCAGAAAAAGGACUAUGAAAUGUGAUAUGACAUUUUGCUAAAUAAAUACAACUGUUUUUUA